UGGGGAGGCAGAGAGGCGCAGUGAGCAGCCAUCAGGGUGACUGACAGAGAGGGGCAGUAAGCAGCCAAGCAAGGCGGCUGGUGGAGAGAGGUGGCGGCUACUGAUCCAUGAAAGGACCUUCCCUCUUAUCCCAUGACUGCAUACUUUGCUUAAGAGCAUUUGGUGAGAGACCUUGUCAAAGGCUUUGUGAAAGUUCAAGUACACUAUAUCCACCGGAUCAUCCUUGUCCACACAUUUGUUUGCCCCCUCAAAUAAUUCUAAUACACUGGCAAGAAAUCAUCGCUGAAAACCCAGACAGAGAUAACUUGAAGUGAAUGGAAGCAGCACGUUCAUAGCUUCAUCACUGAGUUCUUCAUCCUCUUCUUUAACAGAAAUCUAGAAUUCCUGGUAUUUUAGAUAUGAAACUUGGUCUUCAGCAUGGUGAUCACUUGACAAUUCUAUGAGAUGUUGUUGAGCCAUACUUAAGGUUGGAAUGGUGUUAACUGUUAUCAAGAAUCUAAUAGGACAUUGCUAGAUGCUUUGGGAAGAUGCUGGUGCUGAAGUGUUCCACGAAACUGCAGAUGCUGGAGAAAAUGUUAAUGCAGAACUUCCCCGAAUCACGCAAGGUUUAUGGAGCAGUGCUGAAUAUCAACAGAGGCAAUCCCUUCAGGAUGGAAGUGGUGGUGGAUUCGUGGCCAGAUUUCAAAGUUGUCAUUACCAGGCGGCAGAUGGAGAAUGAGAUGGACGACCUUGACCAUUACACCAAUGCCUAUGCAGUUUUCUACAAGGAUCUACAGGCUUACCAGGAGCUACUGGCCAACACAGAUACCAUCAACUGGGAACAGAUCUUUCAGAUACAAGGGCUCCAGGAUGGAUUAUAUGAAGUAUCCAACGCUGUUGCUAUGUCUAAACAAGUCGAUGUGAAACUAUCCUCUUUCCAGAUGUUUAUCCUCCCAGACCCUGACAUGCUGCCAGACGUCAGAACUCAGAUGGAUCCUGCACCGAGACUGGCUUACCUUGAUGUCUCUCAUGCCAGUCUGCUGAAUGAAACCUGGUCAUGGGGAGGCAACGAGCAAUGCCAGAGGGGCUGGAAUAAGAGAGCCUGCCUGAAUUCCCCUCCAGGACCACGACCUUUACCCAUCCUUGGAAAUCUCCACCAGCUGAACCUGAAGAGACCUUACCGAACUUUGCUUGAGCUGUCUGAGAAAUAUGGCCCAGUCUUCAGCAUUCAGAUGGGACCCAAGAAUAUGGUGGUGCUGUCGGGAUACAAGAUGGUGAAGGAGGCUCUUGUGAACCAGACAGAUGCAUUUGCAGAAAGGCCUAAAAUCCCAAUAUUUGAAAAAUUUGCAAGAGGAAAUGGUAUUAUUUUUGCUCAUGGUGAAAACUGGAAAGUGAUGAGAAGAUUCACUCUCACGACCUUACGGGAUUUUGGUAUGGGCAAGAGGACCAUUGAGAACAAAAUCCUAGAAGAAUGCGAUUAUCUGAUAAAGGAUUUUGAAUCCCACAAAGGAAGCGCCUUUGACACCAUGAAGAUGAUGAAUGCUGCCGUGUCCAAUGUCAUUGUGUCGAUAAUGCUCGGACACCGGUUUGAUUAUGAGGAUCCAAAGUUUCUCAGGCUUAUCCAUUUAAUUAACGAAAGUGUCCGGCUUUCUGGGAGUCCCAUGGUUACGCUGUUCAAUAUGUUUCCCGCCCUUGGGUUCCUACCAGGAAAUCACAAGACUAUCUUUAAUAAUCUGGAAGAACUGUACUCCUUUACUGAGCAGACUUUCAUCAAACAUCUGAAGCAAUUAGAUCCCAAUGACCAGAGAAGUUUCAUUGAUGCCUUUCUCAUCAGGCAGCAGGAGGAAAAAUCUAAUCCCAAUACCCAUUUCAAAAAUGAGAAUUUGCAAAGCCUUGUGAGUAAUCUGUUCACAGCUGGGAUGGAAACAACUUCCACCACACUCCGCUGGGGCCUUUUGCUUAUGAUGAAAUACCCAGCCAUUCAGAAAAAAGUCCAUGAAGAGGUUGAAAGAGUUAUAGGAUCUGCCCAGCUCCGUUAUGAACAUCGGACACAAAUGCCGUAUACGGACGCAGUUAUCCAUGAAAUUCAGAGGUUUGCUAAUAUCCUGCCAAUGAGCUUGCCUCAUGAGACUACUGAGGAUGUCAGACUUAAUGGCUAUGUUAUUCCUAAAGGUACUUAUAUCAUCCCCUUACUGGCCUCUGUGUUGUAUGACAAGACUCAGUGGGAGAAGCCUGGAGAAUUCUAUCCUCAGCAUUUCCUCAGCACAGAUGGAAAGUUUGUGAAGAAUGAGGCAUUCAUGCCUUUUUCAGCAGGUCGGAGGAUCUGUGCAGGCGAGACUCUUGCCAAAAUGGAGCUCUUCCUCUUCUUUACAAGCCUCCUGCAGAGGUUCACUUUCCAUCCUCCUCCUGGAGUUACCAGCUCAGACCUGGACCUCACCCCGGCGGUUGGGUUUACCACGCCCCCAAUGCCCCAUAAGAUCUGUGCUGUGCCAUGCAGAUAAACUACCGCUUCUUGCGAAAGUCACACAGAUUCAACCUCACUUCAUCCUACUGCUUAUCCCUCCCAGAUACAGCCAGCUACAUGGGACCUAUCUUUAUUUGCAGUACCUAUAGAUAUCUUAACAGUAUUAUACUCUAUGCCUUGGAGACCACUGUAACCUGCUAAUUUCUACCAGAAAACAAUAAAACAUAUAUAACUCUU